AUGGCAUCCCUAAUCAGCGCAAUCCAAUCCCUCCUCCCGCAACACGAAGGCCUGUUGCCAAAAUGGCUACUUUUCGUCGCCAUAACAGCAUUCGGCAACACAAUCCAAUCCUACACCACCCUCUCCUUCACCUCCCGCGUCUACGGCGGUCCCACCUCCUUCCCCACAGUCCCCAACCCGACGCCCACGACGCCUCCAAGUCUCAAUCGCCAGGUCACUCCGCUAUCGUCUCGGACAUUCGGUACAUGGAGUUUGAUACAGGCGUUUGUGCGGUUAUAUGCAGCAUACAACAUCGAUAACCCGGCGUUUUACCAACUGGCGUAUUUGACGUACCUGGUGGCGUUUGGACAUUUCAUGAGCGAGUGGUUUUAUUUCGGGACGUGCAGGUGGGGAAAGCCGCUUGCGGGGCCGGUGGUGGUUAGUACGGGGACGCUGGUUUGGAUGUUGUGGGUUUGGGGGGAUUAUGUACAGUGA